GUUGGAGCCGGACAAAUAACGCCCGCAGUUCAGCCCCCCGAAGUAGCCAAAGGCGCCCAAAACUCCUUCCACGGACCGAAACUGGACGUCUACAGUGCUGGAGUGUCGCUUUUCUUCAUGCUGACCGGUAGAGUGCCAUUCAGCAGUCCAAAUGUCCUCCAGAUCUUCGAGGCCAUCACCGAGGGCUUCUACGUGAUCCCUGGGCAUGUGUCGGCGCCUGCCGCCCACCUUAUUCGCGGUAUGAUGUGCAAAAAUCCGGAGAAGCGGCUUUCCCUGGAGAGUGUGGCCCGACACGAGUGGAUCUGCAACCCCACGCACCACCCACCGCCGAGCCUUUCAACCGCCGCCCACGCCUGCGCGUCGCACUGGCAGUCCGUCGCGUCGAUUUCCACGCCCACGCCAACCCAGGCACCCCGUGGCUUCCCCUGCUGGCUAGAUCCCCUUUUCUACCUGCAGCGACCCACGCCGCAGUUUCAGGGGCCCCAUAUCGACGACACGGGCGCCCGAAUCUUCUCCCUCCUCGAAAUCGACACGAUGUACGCCUCGGGGCAAAUCCAAAGACCCCCUGCCCCCUCUCCGCCGCCACAGCCGCAACCAUCUCCAACUAAGUUCAGCAUUACGUCGUUUGAGGACAGGGAAGAAGAAGAGGAUGAGGAGGAGGAGGACGGAGAGGUGGAGACCUCUUCAUUUCCGCACACUGAUGGUUACCUGACUGAGCGACAUAUAGCUCCUCCGUCGGUUAUUAAACAGCUGAGGGCCUUCCACAACUGGCCACCGCUGCCAACUUCAGAGGACAAUGAUUUGGAUGAAACGCGGGCUUUCUUUCACGAAGCGACGGACCUGGAAGCGCCUUUAGACGAGUCCCUUGCCCAGCUAGGAAUAAUGGACUAUGGCGAGACCAACAUGGUUCCACUGCCCGUUUUUUCGCCUCCAAUGGGACACACCGCCUCUGACUAUGACGAACCAGUCUCCCUGCAACCUUUCGAUCGACCCCUCGGGAUGUGUUCAACAGUUUGCCGCCCGCCCACCACAAUUAUCGCCACACCGCCAACGGGGCCCUCACGGGUGCACUGGCCUUCCCAGCCGAACGCAAGCGAGACCUCCACGACACCUCGGUCGAAGAAGCACGCUCGGCGACGCCACGCAACCUCCGACGGGGCCCACGAAAACCAUCCCCUCUCGCCAGAGGACAUUCCCGUCGAGGAGAGCCAUCGGUUCACGAUUGUGGCGGGCGCACGAGGCUGCUGGGGCGAGAGUGAGUCGGGUAGCGGGUCGCUCACCCGGCGACACCUUUUGGGCCCGCUCACCUCGGAACAGCUCUCGCGGCUUGCCUGGCACGUUGAGCAUCAGCAACAGCGACGACUCCAGCAGAAGUCCGGCACCUCCGAUUCCUCUCGGCCCCCAGACGACAAAACCACACGAAAGGUCAGGGAGGGCAACCAGAAGGUAGAGAAGGCGCCACGUGGGGCCUCGAAUGACCGUCCACCACAGCGGAAGAGCCGCCGCAACGCAGGCGCCUCCCGUUUAACGCGGUGGUUCUCCGACUCGUUGUCGCUGCUGCGCCAGCGCAUUCGCACCUGGACCGGCAGUGGCACAGGCGCCCUGGAGAGGAGUUUCUCACAGGCCUCUCCCUCCGAAACCACCACCACCACAUCCUUCCGCCAGCAGCACCACGGCCUCCGUUCGGCCUCCGCGAUGCUCAUGGUGGACGAAGACGGCGAGCAGUCUGACUCCCCCAGUCAGGCGGCGAGGAGAGAGACCGGCACUAUCUCCUCGGCGUGUGGUCUUCGUCGGCACAAUCGUCCGCCUCUUUCACUUGAUCACGGGCCUUCGGGGUGCGAAAAGUCGAAAGUAAAAAAGUGA